AUGCAGGCCAUGUUGCAUCAACAACAACUGCCAGCAUCACCAUCACCGUCUGCAACUGCAAAGGCGUUGCUAGAGCCUGUGGUCGAGGGGAUCCGAUUAGGUGGCCUCGUGGAGGUCUUUGGCCUCUCAGCGGCCGACUUGCAGGCUUACAACGAGGACAUCAAUGGCUCCAUCGGACAGGCAGUGAGCUUCGAUAGUGCUUCUGGCAAGUUCCAUGUGUACCUCAGCUGUGGUGCUGCUGGCCACUUCCGUACCAGCAAUGUGAGGGCCGCGGAGGCGCCGCGGCGGCCUGGUGAAGGUGGUUCGCCAGAGAGCUUUGAUGUGCUUGUUGGACCUCGAACAGACGGCAAAAUUAUGGGCGGCGAGAUUUCCACUUGCCUUAUGGAGAAAGGGUUCUGCGUUUUGAGAAUCUGCCAAAGCGCGAGACUGGCACAGCAAGCGCUGCUGAGAAUGAAGGACCUGGCAAGUAUGCAAAGACUGACACGCUUUCCGGAAGAGGUGGAGCAGGGCUACCUUGGCUUUAGCUGUCGAGGAAGGGUUGCAUGGCUGGAUUCCGCCGGAGACCUGGAUCAGGACCCAGCCUUGAAGAGCAACGACGCCAACCUCUCCUACCUCGCACAGUCUAUUCAGCCGUAUGCUGGCGAUGUCUUGGACGGCCAGCUGGACUCGCGAACUCCUGGUUUGGUGUGCCUCACCAUCGAUGGUGCUGCUGACUCUGAGUAUCCAUGUCCAGAGGCCAAUGACGAGUCUUUGGGAACCUUCCUGCAGACGUGGAGGCGCAGCUUGGUCAGAGCCGUGCAUUUCAUGGGGCCGUUCCCGGCCGAAGUGGAGCUGGACGCACGGGAAACUCCGAAAGCUGGCAAGGUUCCGGGCUUGCUCGAGAACGUGAAGCUCACAGCUGCACCGAACACGGUUCUGUUGUUCAGACCCGAUGUCUACGAUUACACUUGUGUGGCACCAAAGGAUACCCUGAUGCUCAUCACCAACUUUCUCGCCGCCGUUCCCGACAUGGUUUUUGGUGACAUUCAAGGGGACACGGACUGGCUGCUGAAGGAGGAGGGCCCUCCGCCUCCGGCUGGCUCCGAACAUAUCCAUGUCAUGAAUACAGUUGCACGCCUUCCGGGCAAUUGCGACAGUCAGUGGCAUAAUUGGGCUGCGCUGAAGUCUGGCACGGACACGAUCAUCCAGAUCCCAAUCACACGCUGGGAUGUCAGCGUAUACUGGACUCCCGAUGAGAAUGUUUUUGAGCCCUGGCAGACCACGACCCGGCACCAGUCGUACGUCGAGGGUGCCGAGUUUUUUGACAAUCGUUAUUUCGAGAUCUCCAACAAUGAGGCCAACUCCAUGGAUCCCGUGCAGCGACUGGUGCUUGAGUGUGGGGCACAGAGCAUGGCCAUGGUUGGCCUGACGAAGAAGGAAUGCAAUCGAAAAGCAACACAUGCCGGGUUCUGCGUGGGAAAUGACAAGCUGGAUUGGAUGACCUGUGACAAGGAGGUGACUCCUUCUGGAACCAGCACGGUCCUGGCGAUCAUUGCGAAUCGUUUCAGCUUCGUAUUCAACCUAAAGGGUCCGAACUUCGUGUGCGACACAGCUUGCUCAGCUUCCUUGACCUCAACGCAUUGUGCCAGAUUCAUGAUCAGCAAUCAGAAGUUCGACCCGCUGGAGUUCUUCAUCUCGAUGGGUGCCCACUUGUGCCUCUCUCCUGGCCCCUUCAUUGGCUGCUCUCAAUCUCACAUGUCCAGUCCCGGGGGACGAUGCUUCACGUUCAAUGCGUCUGCAGAUGGAUAUCUACGAGGAGAAGGUGUCAGUGGCUUCAUGAUGAAAUGGGGCCCCUACACUCCGGAGCAGAGCAUGGGGAUCCUCCGUUCCACCGGGUGCGGACAGGACGGCCGCAGCGCCUCUCUGACAGCUCCAAACGGGCCGGCACAGGAAGAGCUGGUGGCGAGGGCAAUAAAGGAAGCCUUGAUGACACCUCCCGAGUCCACAGCUUGGGAGUGCCAUGGCACAGGCACUUCGCUCGGCGAUCCGAUCGAGGUCGGAGCUGUGCGAAAGGUGCAGAUCAGAAUGCCACGAACGGAGCCGCUCAUGAUGGGUUCGGCCAAGACGAACAUCGGACAUUUGGAGGGUGGUGCUGCCAUGGGCGGCAUUGUAAAAUGCAUCCUACAGUGCAGAAGUGCCAAGUGUUGUCCAACACAGCACUUGCGGACGCUCAACCCGCACUUGGAGCACGCCAAGUUCGAGGCGCACUUCGAGACCGAGCCGGCGGCAUUCGCCACAAACCAGGGCAACUCCCAGGUAUCCUCCUUCGGCUUCGGUGGCACAAAUGCGCAUGGUGUCUUCUGGGGCAUGAACGUCAGCAUCAAGGAGGAUGUCGAGAAGGUGUGGAUGAAGAAGUUGCUGUCGAGACCGCCCCCUGAAGUCCGCCCCAUGGGUCUGGACUUUGACAAGUGGGAAGCUGACUUCCCAGACACGCGAAUGGUCCGAAAGGGGGCCAAGUUCAGCCUCAGCAUGGGACCUGACGAAGGCAACGAACCCCUGAGGUGGGAUGUCGUGGAUGAAAGGCGGGAAAUUGAGGUAGAUGACAUGGAGGCCACUUUCGCAAUCACCGGAAAUUUCAACAACUGGGAUGAUGAAGAGGCGAUCCCAAUGGAAGAUGGCGAAGCGCCGGGAGUCCAUCGCAUCACCUUGCAGGUGCCAGCAGGUGGCGAGCUGCACUUUCACCUCCUUAAGGGAGGAAAUGCCAAGCAGAUCGUUGGCCCUGAUGCUGAGGAGUGCACUCGAAAGGGCGCAAAGAUCAUCGGGCCCCAGGAGAAUCUCAAGAACAAGUGGGUCAUCAACGCCCCAGAGGGCAAGGAGGUCCGAAUCGAAUUUUUCAGUCGAAAUGGCCGACGAUCUAUACUCUGGAUCGUUUCCAAGGGGGACGCCUUGCCACUUGAGUCUGGAGGUGAUGAUGAGUGA